AUGUCCCUCAAUGGAGAUCCUUCUUUCAAGCGAGAGAUGCAGCAGCUGCCCCGGUGCAGCAGCGACUCAGCACCAGCAGCAGCAGCAGCAGCAGCAGGAACAGCAGGUGCGGAAGCAACAACAGCAGCACCAGCCCCUCCUCCCGAGUACUUCGAUCUCUCUCCAGCAGCUUCUCGGUGGAUGACUGACUCUUCGCCUUCUGCAGCAGCAGCAGCAGCAACAGCAGCAGCAGCUGCUGCUGCUGCAGCAGAAUAUGGCUUUGCAAUAGAUGAAGCAGCACGGGCCUGGCCUGACCUCUCCCCGAACCCUCGAGGCUCUGCUGCUGCAGCCCCACACAUGAGUGCAGCAGCAGCAGCACCAGCAACAGAACUCAGCCUUUCUGCUGCUGCUGCUCUUCGCUCGCCUGAUGAUGCUGCUGCUCCUAGUUAUGCUGCAGCAACUGUGCUUUCAUCCAGGGGCUCAGAUGAAGAGGAAUAUACAGCAGCAGCAGCAGCAGACGGCCCAUUGUCUUCGUCUCCUGCUGCACACGACACUGCAGCAGCAGCAGGAGCAGAAGAAGCAGAUGCAGCAAGAGCAGCUGCAGCAGAAAUCACACAUGAUAGACUUGCUGUAGCAGCUGAUCCAGACGAGGCAGCUGGCGGUCCUGGCCCUCAGCAGCAACAGCAGCAGAGGCAGCAGCAGCAGCAGCAGCAGCAGCAGCAAGAAUCGUCUUGCGGGAGCGUAACCACUAAUGGAGAGGCCGCCUCUGCUGCACCAUCUGCUGCUCUUGCUGCUGCUGCUGAAGCAAGGGGAAAGGAUCAAGCAGCAGAAAAAGAAGAAACAGCAGCAGCAGAUGCCACCGACGCAGCAGCAGCCGAUGCUGCAGCAGCAGCAAGAGCACAAGAAACGGGCGAGCACCCCGCUGCUAGACCCGCAGCAGCAGCAGCAGCAGCAGCUGUUGCUGCUGCAGCAGAGGAGGCUGCCCUUCCCCCCAGCAGCGACGAGUCUGCUGUUGGCGUCUGUACAGUUGAGCAGUUUGCUGCUGCUGCAGUUGUCUAUACACCUGAAGGCCCUGAAGCUGCGUACCGAUCCGCUGCAGCAGUACCUGCAGCAGCAGCAGCAGCACUAACAUCUUCGACGAGGACGGGUGCAGCUGGAUUGCUGCAGCAUCACGAGCAGCAACGCCAGCAGCAGCAGCAGCACAGCGAAGCCCUGGAGGAUAAAGAACAUCUUCUUCAUUCAUUUCUGCUGUUUCUUUUGCUGUGA